GUGAGUUAUGAGUGCUACUAUAUAAAAACAAUUUAACAUAACCAUUUCAAGCUAAAAAAGAAGCUUUGUUUACUUUUUUAUUGCUUUAAAUAUAACGUGAAUAGAAAUUUGUUUCAGGAGAUAUAAGUUGGAGUUGUGUUAAAAGAAACUUUAGUGCAUAUUAUGUCGAAACCAAUAAUUUAAAAACAAAGUCAAUUGAAAUUAAAUAGAUACAUUCAUAACCAUGAGCCAGAAGCUGAAGAAAGUUUCAACUAACUGGAUGUUAAAGUGAUUUUAUCUGCCACGCGCACAGACGCGUGUACAGCAUACACGACGUUGUACGCGUAAUGAACACUGUAACAAUAACGUAUUGCAAUAAUAACAAUAAUAUUUUAAUGGACUUCAUUAAUCGUAACAAAACACCGUACCGAUACGAUGACCACGCAUACGGUCGUUUCGUAUUGCACUUACACGUAUAAACAGACCGAUUUACCGAUCACCAAUCGCUGAUUAUAUAUUAUUAUUAUACAUAUAGAAGUGCAGAAAACAACCGCAGUAGCGCCACGACAUCACCGAUAUCGAAUUUCACCUGUUGAUUUACACGUUCCGUACGAUAAAACUGUUGUUUUAUUACCAUUUUAUGAAUAUUCUUCGAGUACGUAACAUUAUUUAAUCGAAUCUAACGUUUUCGUUUUAUUAUCACUUUCGUGUUCGUACAUACAGGCCGAUUUAUCGAUUACUAAUCGCUCGCUAACUAUACAUAUACUGUUAUUAUACAUAUCGCUGUACAGAAGUCAACCGCCGUAGCGCCACGACAAGACAUCUAUUGAUUGCAAAUUAUAAAGGUUUUUAUAUUAUUAUUAUUUAACGCUUUUUGUAAUACUAUAAGCUUGGUGCUAUUUAGAUUUAAGAUUUUAGUAUGGAUCAUAUUGUAAAUGAAAACGACAAUAACUGCUGUGCGUCGGAGGUAAAUAAAGAAAAAAUUAUUCCGUCUGUAUCAUCGGUGACACCAACGACUAUUGUUGAAGAAACUGAUGAUAAAAUCAUAGUUGAACAACCGCAGAAUUUAGCUAAUAAUGACACACCAAAUAAAUCUGACCACGACCGCUUGAACUCUUCCACUUCCUCGGUUAUACCUGUACUCACCAUUGAUGAUAGUGACGAGGAAGAUCAUAAUAACGAAGAAGAUCAUAGUAAUGAUAAAGAUGAUGUUAUUAUAAUACCAGAUUCGGAUGAUGAUGAAAUAUACGAAGAGCAACAAAUGAGUCGGUUAACGUUCAACUACAGUAUUCACCGACUUAAAUAUAAAAUAAGGCGUGUCAUUAAUGUUAUUUUAAGAUAUUAUAGACAAAGUUUAAGUGAUGAUAAUAUAUUAUAUCUUGAGGAAAAACGCGAUAGUUUAAGAUACAUUCGAACAAAUUUUAGGUCCAACCGGAUGUCAAGAGCCCAAACUAUACGACGACCUAUAUCAAAUGACCAGCUAUUACGUAGAGUACAGACGUUGCGGCGCCGGUAUUUUGAUGCCAUAAGGUCAGCACACGAAUUUAUGUAUAUUUGGAGUGGCGGUGAAUUAAAUUAUCUCAUAGACUCAGUGUCUAAAUACAUGCAAUGGAUAAACAAUCUUCUCUUGAAACAUGAUACUGGUUUUGAUAAUAUCUCAGUCACUCGAGGUCCCGAUGGAGAAAUAAAUUCCAAUGAGCUGGAUUUUGUUAUUCAGGAUAUCGAAAAUAGCGAUUCUGAAUGCUCGAGUGUAUCUGAAACAUCGACAUCGUACAACACAUUUACACCUGCGUAUGUUAAUCAACGAGUCAAACAUAAAUAUAGCUAUAAUAGGUCAAUAUCACGAUAUCAAAGACGAUUACAACGGCGACAGAAGCUACGAAAUCGCUUCAAAAAAAUCCAUCAUCAGUUUUAUAGUGGUGAUGGUCAAUCAACAACAUCGACACAAAUGAUAAAUUUUGAGAAGAACAACAAAUACGGUGUAAAAAAUUCUACAUCUACAUCAUCAUGUUCAUUGAAUGAAAAUGUUGUCGUUAAUAAAUAUAACGAUGAAGUUAUUCAGGUAGAUAGCGACAGUGAACCCGAUUGUUUAACUAUUGAUGAAAAUUAUGUAAAUUAUCAAAAUAUUUGUGAAGGCAUUCACGAAACACCUUGUCAAACACAACUUGAAAAUAAUAGCGAAAAUCUACCAUCGACGUAUUCGAUCGAACGGGAUCAAGAAAUUGACAUCCGUAAUAUCGUUGAAGUAGAAGUAUCCGAACCUUCAUAUGCUACUAUAAUGGGACACGUGACCAAUAUUGAAACGGAUACAGUGACUGAUAAUCGUUGUGAUAAAGAUGAAGUUGUUGAACCACUGUGUACUAACCUCGAUCGUGUGAAUCAAAAAAUUAAUAAUUUACACGGAAACAUUACUCUGAGGGAAGUUGCCCAAACAAUUGCAACGGCGUCAAGAGCUUUGUCAUCAACGCACUCCGAAAUAUUUCACGGUAUUACAAGAAUGGCUGAUGCACUGUACAAAACAACGAUUGAAUCGACUUCAGGUCAAACGGAAGAAGCGAGACCGGGAGAAAAAGAUACAUCGGUAGGAACAGAAAUUUUUAAUGAAAAUCCAUACAUAAAAUUCAGGCAACAAUAUAUACUCAAUGACCUGCAAAAAAUAUUGGAUUCGAUUUGGAAUUUAAUGUUAUGCCCACUUCCCCCCGACCUUAUAGAAUCGUCAGCUUCGGACUUGUCAACUUCUGUAGAAGCGAAAGUGCGGCGGGCAGAACAAGUGGCAAAUGAAAUAGUUUCUAGGCGGAGAAUAACUACACAACCACCACACAUAUCAACUUCUGUCACUCAGAUUUCCACGAUCGAUUCUCAAAAUUCAACUCGGGACACUCAUGAAAUUUAUCUCAACCCCAGCCGACAGUUGGACAACUACGACGACGACGACCAGUCAAAAAGUCAACAGGAACCAAACUCUUCGGCAACGCAUGAACAUAAGCAACCUUCGAUACCCAUCAUCAUCAUUACUCCCGCACCUGACGAUCCAGAAGAUUCUAUUACUGAAGAGCUUCCAUGCCGACGUAAUAGUAGACGGACAGAAGAGAAUAAUAGUUUAUCGUCGCACACAAAUACGAAAAACUUGUUGGUGCCGCCGAAAAGGAAGGUUCAGCACCGUAGCCGCAGUCGAACCCGCGACCCCCGCCGACCACGAUUUUAUUCACCGUCACCGCCCAAAACUCGCGUACGCAUCACUUACCAAGAGGAGUGGCGGGAGGGGUCGAAAUUACCGCUGGCUGAGUCCACGUCACCCGCUAGUCCUCUCGUUCUCACAACCCCUCAUCCACCGUCUUUGCAGCUGCCUUGUUCAUCUCCCGCCUUUAGUACCGACAAUAGCGCUAAUUCCGCUGUAGCGGUUGUAGCAACCGCCGAAACAGUCGCCGAGCGACCUAAUUUGUCGCCGCUACCACCAGAAGCGCUUAGGUCGACCCUGCAGCCGACAUCAAACGACGACGGCGGCGCUACCGCUACGCUGUCACAGACUGCACUGGCGUUACUAGAACUUUCUAGACAGUCGCCAAAGUCCGACCAAGCUAUCGACACUCCUGUUGUUGCCAAUAGAACUGUUGAGACAACCGCUACAUCUGUAACCGCUGUAACCGCUGCCGCCGCCGCCGCCGCCGCCGACGACAAAAAAAUAAUGUCGAACAGCGAUGUGCCGGCAACCAUCGCUGUCGGCGGUGGCGGCUUCGUGGUAAAACCGUCGUCAAAGCGACAGCGGUCCCGUAGUAGGAGAAAUUCGUUUUCGAACAAGCAAAAACCAAAACCGUCGCCAUCUUCGGAAAGUGAACAACAGCCCAACAACAACCUUUAGACGAUGACGAAUUGAUGUGGAACAUCGAUGUGUCGGCAACCAUCACCGUCGGCGGUGGCGGUUUCGUAAGGAACCCGGCGACAAAGCGAUAUCGCAGUACCGCAGUAGGAGCAAUUCGUUUUCGAACAAGCGAAAACCAAAACCGUCGUCAUCUUCAGAUGGUCAACAACAGCCCAACAACAACCUAUAGCCGACCAGGAUAUGUCUACGAAAACUGUAAAUAUUCAACAAUGUGUGUUUUAAUCAUAAGAGAUGUAUUAUAAUAUUAUAUACGUUAGAUGUUAGUCUUGUUUUGUUUAUUUUUUUUCUUUUGUUACGUAAUGUAUGCAGAGAACGCAUCGUUUUGUUCGAGUAUUAUUAUACCCGUGUACGUAUUAUUUAUCAUCAGUUCGAAUCGAUUUAUUAGCUAGGAUACUAAAAAAAAAAACUAUUCAAACGUCAUUUGUAUAGUUAUUAAAUAUUAAUACAUUUUUAAUAAUUCACGUAGUGAUUUCGGGCAUAGUGAAUUAGUAGUUUUUCCGUCCAAAAGGUGGAAACAUGCUCUAUAGAUAUUUAAUUAGUGGGGUGCACUUAGGAUCCAAUUUUUAAAACGAGUUGAAAUACUUGAGAUCUUACAUUACCAUGAAAAUUACUGUAGUUUGUAGAUCUAUGACAAAAAAAAAAAUUAAUUUAACCGCCAUUGUAAAAUUUGGUCAUUGGUUAAAAAAUUUGAAAGAGAAAUAAAAUUUGUAGUGACGAGUGGUUGUCCGUCGCUGAUCAUGACUGAUCGGCGUGCCUUAAAUGGGUGCUCUGGUUCGGAGUUCUGGCAACCAACGUGCGUAGAAAAAAUUAAAAAAAUAAAAAUUCUAAAAAAAAAAUGCAGGUUGUUUUAUUAUUUUAAGUUUUAUUUAAAUUUUUCGAUUAGUUUUUAGCUCGUUUUAUUUUGCGUAUUUCCAAUGCGCAACGUUUCAGUUUCUGUUUCCAGCACUUGCAGUAGUAACAAAGUAUUUAGUUAGACAAAGUAAUAAUGUAAUAAACCUAUUGUUUACGAUAUUUGGAUAAAAACAUCGAUUUUUUAGCUUAAUUAGUAUUUAAUGGCCCAUGAUGAAUAUGGACGAUGACGUACAGUUCUAGGCCAUGUAAAUUGAACCGUCAUGAGUUAUAAUCAUUAUAAUAUAGGUAGAGUAGUAUAUAUUUUUGUAUUAUUGAUAUUGAGUUUGAUGAAAUAAUCAACAACCGCUGCCCCUGCUGUCACAAAAUUCUGCCUUUGGCGACCGUCUGCGUACCGGCGGGGGUUGGUGCAGAUUUCAUAGUCAUUAAUGGUUUGCAUAUAUAUUUUAGUAGAUAGUAAACAUCGUCCCUCAUCCGUGUAUGUCGAUUCGUAUUGUAUGCGUGUAUUACACUAUAUCAUAUACUACACAAUAUUGUAUCGGGUUAUGUUCUUUUAAUUGAAACAAUUUUUUUCUCCCAAAUAUUGUCCCCUUCCCUUAAUUCUCGUCACCACUUUCGUGUUAACGGAAAAAGGCUUCACAGUGAAGAUUCUCAAAAUUAGCUCUUAAGUAAACAUAUAUAUAUAUAUAUAUAUAAAUAUAUUUAUUUUUUUAAGACUAUAUAAAUAUUUUUUCUACAGAUGAUAUAAUAUUUUUGUACCGUGUGCCGUUAUUAUUUACGUUACAAAUUUUUGGUUUCCGUUUUCUGUAUUGCGUGUCGAUAACGUCUCAUCAGGGGACGUGCUUCACGCAAAGAUCAUUGAAUGCACUUAAUUAGUUAAGGUUAUCAACGCGUGUAUAAAAAUGUGUGUUCGCGUGCGCGCGCGCGAUAUAUUC